AUGUCACUCGUGGUCCUGAAUCAACAAUUUGCCAUCUAUGUGGAAUCAACGAAUGGUAUUGACUCGCUCUUUCUUCUCAAUCGAGCUAGUCGUACCCGAAAUCGGCUUAAUGCCUUGCCUUUCACGCAGUUCUCUCAGCUCUGUGUAUCGGCCUCUACAUUAACACUCGUUUGCAUCGCUGCCUCGUGUUAUACGUCCCCCGCUUUGGUCGCGGUGAACCUUCGGUCUUUCGCAGCUCUUGAUGACGCUAAUUUUGCUACCACUUCGUCCAAUGAACCGCUAUACCGUGUCCUUCGCUCUACGCAGAUGAUCGAGUUUCCUCGUGACUACGUCAGUGUACCAGAGCUUAUCACGUUUCCGACACAGCUGCAUGAUGGGUCACUUAGCAUGGCUCGUGCACUUUAUUAUUCACCGAAGAAUCCCAAUGUCCGCGCUCCCACAGGUACGCUUCCUCCGUGCCGCAUCCUAGCAUACGAAAGCUCCACGGCUCGGGAACUUGCUUCGCUGAGUCCGUCCAUUCAGUACUGGACAUCUCGUGGCUGGGCCAUUUGUGCCAUGAUCUCAGAUUCUGAUUCCGAAUAUAGGCCAUACCGUUGGCCAUGGAGCCACGAUCGUGUUCAAGCUGAGCGGAACUGCGCAGCAGCCGCAGCGUACUUGGGCGAUACGUCGCUGCCCUGGCAACGUCCGUGCACGGCGUCGACGCCUUCAUCGUCCCUAAUGAUAACAGAGAAUGAGAAUGACGGCGGAAGCAGUUUCUCCGAUGGCACACGAAGCAUCACAGUGACUCGCACCGAUUCACCGUCACUUACGAAAGAGAGCGCGCUUGCAUUUAUGUUAGGCUCGCUCGCGUAUGCAAUUAGCACCUUAGUCUUCCGUGUUCGUGCGGAAUGGCUUUGGAUCUUAUCGGCCCUCCUAGUGCUGGUAUACCGAUUAGGAUGGCGGGUCCAGGCUGAAUCUCUUCGCGUAUUUCCACAUUUAGGGGCGCAGCUCGAAACCCACCGGGGCCUAACACUUCCAAACUUUUUCCGCUCUUCAAGACCGUAUUUGCGCUUGCAAAGUGCGCGGACUUUUCUUCCAAGAGAUACCAUCUUAGAUUUUUUCAUGCUCGAGGCGAUUCAACAUUGGCGUGUGCUGGAUUAUGCUGUUCUAGUCACUUCAGGCUCGCAGAAGAAUGGGUCGCUACAUGUUGUGUUUCCGCAUCUGCUACCUCCGCCACCAGUCUACAUUCAUACGUUUCGCCGUCUCCAUGAUACACUGAUGCAACACGAUACGAAUUCACUAUCUCCUCCGUGUCGUGCCAUUGUGGAUCCAAAUCGUAUUUGCCUCUCCGGCCGCUCAGUUGGCAGUCUCAUUGCACUAGAGACGCUUCUCCUAUUCCCAGGUGUUUUCUGUACGGCAUGCAGCUUUUUGGGAGUUGGAGACCAAGCACUUGUUGCUAAACAUAUACAAAAGUAUGCAUUGCGCUAUAUCGCGACACUUUUUUGUGACAUCUAUGAAGGCAUUGCAGGCACCAACAAGGCAUACGGUGCUAGUUCACAUGCGGCCAGUUAUCGCGUACCAUUUCUUCUAUUCCGCAGCGGGUAUGAUAAAUACCUCUCGUCCCAGCAAAGCCGUGACUUAGUCCGAAUAGUUUCAAAAACUAAAGCGGCUCGUGUCAAGUACCUCGAGUUUCCUGCAAAUACUCGAAAAUCUUCGUAUGCGAAGAUUUGUCAACAAUCUCUUGAGAUAGAGCUUGCCUGGUGCACAAAUGCAGCUUUGUGCAAGUAG